AUGAUUUUUUUACAGCUAUUCAGCAACACAGCCCUCGUUAGGCCACUGGCAGCUCUGCCACAGGCCCAGAUUGUCCCCGCCCCAGUCUCCCAGUUGUCUGCUGUGCGUUCCUUCCAGACCACAGCCGUCACUAAGGACAUUGACUCUGCCGCCAAGUUCAUUGGUGCCGGAGCUGCCACAGUCGGAGUGGCGGGAUCUGGUGCUGGUAUUGGAACAGUUUUUGGUUCCCUCAUCAUCGGCUAUGCUAGGAACCCAUCCCUUAAGCAACAGUUGUUCUCAUACGCCAUCCUGGGUUUCGCCUUGUCCGAAGCCAUGGGACUGUUUUGUCUUAUGAUGGCCUUCCUGCUGCUCUUUGCUUUCUAA